GCCCUGGUUGCGAAUCGGAAUGCCCCCUUCAGUGAUGUUGAUCUCCGAGUACAGAAUAGAUUGGACACACUUGCUACGGAAUUCAAUUUGCUGGAAGCUGUGAAGUUUGGGGAAGACAUUAUCGAAAAAUCCAAACGCAUGGAAUCAGCCAUUGCGGGCGCUCGAGUGAAGGUGGCCAAAGGGAGCGUUUCGUACGCACAAUCCAUCGACGGCUACUCGACACUGAGUACCCAGAAGCAAGACUAUGUCUCGAGAACCGUACUUAAGGCAACAUCAUUCUUUUUGAAUACGUAUUGCAAGCCACAGAGGAUUUCAUCGUACGAGUGUGGAUUGUAUUUGAGCCACAAGCUAAUACCACAAAGCAAACUAUUGGACAAAUGCAAGAAAAUAGUGGCUGACAAGACGUUCAACGAUGAAUAUCGGAGACUAUUGCCUGCAAGCUACCGUGACGGAAUUUAUAGCUUUAGGAAAAGUGUUGCGGGUGGUGAACUCCCUGAUCCUAGAUCAAUUUCCAGCAAAUUCCAUGGCAUUCUCGGUCAAACUCAUAAGGACAGUGAACACAGUGUAGCGUUGGUCCAGUGGACCCAGUUUAUAGAACACGACUUGGCCAAGACUACCGUUCAAACUAUGCAUGACGGAACCGACAUUGAAUGUUGUACAACUGAAUACAGCGCAGUCAUGCCACGAUAUCUCCAUCCCGCCUGCAAACCGUUACAAGUCGCGUCCAAUGACUCCUACUAUCAAAAGAAUCAUGUAACCUGUCUGAACUAUGUGCGCAGCGCCCUAUCCCUAGGAGAUACGUGUAACUUCGGUCCUGCCAAUCAGCUAAAUCAGGCAACCAACCAUUUUGAUCUAUCCCAAAUCUACGGAAACCAUGAGAGUGAAACUAUGCCACUACGAAGUCGCCGUGGAGGAAAACUAAAUUCUCAAUCUUUCGAUUCCACCGAAUAUCUGCCGGAAAGCCAGGACAAGAAUCUGUGUGUGGUCAACGCCACAGUUGAUGCCAUUUGCUAUUCGUCAGGAGAUACUCGAGUCAACGUCAAUCCGUUCAUCACUCUUCUCCAUACGCUGUUCCUGCGAUCACAUAACCGCAUUGCUAAGCACUUGGCUUUAGUGAAGCCCGACUGGGAAGACGAAGCCCUAUUCCAAAUGGCAAGAAAAUUCAACAUAAAAAUCUACCAAAAAGUUGUCCGCGAAUGGGCUAUCAUCGUAUUGGGAAGUGCUAGUCAGGUCAGCCCAUCCCAUGCCAAAGAACCGAGAGUCAGUAACGAGUUUGCAACAGCAGGUAUCCGUUUCUACAACUCUAUGAUGCCCGGAGAAAUUUCAAGCCCAUCACCAACCGGAAAGUAUUCGUCGUUUGAUAUGGAAGACCUGUUCUACAAACCAAAAGAUCUACGUAAGAAGGAGUAUUUUAAUCAUUUGGUUGGCUCUGUCCUACAGCAAAAUGCAAUGUCUUUGGACACUAGCUAUGUAGACGACAUGGCUCAUCUCCUGUUCAAAACGAACAAUGUGGGAACGGACGUCCUAGCACUGGAUAUUCAACGAGGUCGCGAUCAUGGCUUGAGUAGCUACACAAACUACUUCAAACAUUGUACCGGUAAAAGAGUUGACUCUUGGGACGACCUUUCCGGAGUCAUAAAUCCUUCCGACUUAGAUAAACUCAAGAAUGCCUAUUCAUCCGCUCAAGACGUGGAUUUGAUCGUAGGAGCGAUCGCGGAGAUCCCCACCACGUCUGGAGCACUAGUCGGUCCGACGCUGUCCUGCAUCAUCAAAGACCAAAUGUCCCAAUCCCUCGGUGAUCAUCCAUCUCAAUUUGACCACAUCCUGGCCAACUACUCGGCAGCUCGAUUCCUGUGCGAUACGGCCCAGGUGUCUCGAGUGCAGCAAAACAUUUUCCGCCUACCGGCGGUCGACAACCCUUUGGUGCGUUGCGCACAGCUUCCCACGCUGGAUCUGAGCACCCUGCGGGAGGCGCUACACCACUAGGCCAUAAAUUAUUUAUAAGCUAUUAAUUCGCACGGCUCCGAUGAUGACAACGCCGCCGUCGUCCUACUUGGACAAGGAAGUGAUAUCCAGUAGUGCCUCGUUAAAGACGCUAUGAAAGUUGCGGUUACGAUCAUAGUCGGACGGUAUAUGCCAUUAAUAAACGAACGAGACUUGUUCAUAGAUCGGAGAAGAAAGAAGCCAUACCGGUGAUAUCGCGCUGAAACGAAAACGAAAUUCUUGCUUAACACAUUAAACGACCCUGUGUAAUGGUUACAUCGCAUUCGCAUACAUAUGACUGUUGCUGGUAGGAUUCAGAAACGCUCGUCAGCGUGUACCUCUGGCUCGAUUUAGCUGUUAGUUUAGUGAAUAGACUACGUAGUGUUUAUUUUGUUCUCUUGAAUAAAACUUGAUAAGCUGCUCCUCGGGGUAGCUCGUUUACAUACCAGUCAGUGUGUGUAAGACUGA